CCGGUAGGAUGGGACCAGCAGCCACAUAUCCAUGCAUGCACGCCUGACCGCUAGUCUACUUCCUGGAUGGAAGAAUGGGAUAUUUCCAGCACCACUUUUCUUCGCACUGUGCAUUGCCCUUCGUCACGCUGACACCGCGGAUAAUCACUUAAUAAUGACCACGUGUGAUCAAUAUUAUUCGACCACUUUUCCUUGUAGUUAAAGAGAGCGAUUGAUCGCCGAUUGACCCCCUCCACACUUCGGGAAUGUCGCUAUCUCGAAGCCCGCUACAGGCACGAUGGAGUCCGACAGAUUCUGAACUGUUUUUUCACAGCCGUGGUGUGCGUACCGUUUUAUUCCUCGAAGCUAAAAACAGCCCCUGCUCGGGCUGUAGGCGAAUAAAUUAGUCCUUUUUUUUUUAAACAAGCGGAGACUCUGUAGCCUAACCGCUAACCAUUACAUUGAUGCUCUGUCUUCGUGGCUGCUGUGUCAACUUCGUUCUAGCUUCGGUCGCGUGUGUUAUUUUCUUUUAAAGAGGUGAAAAGACUCAAAACUUUGUCACCCGUUGCCUUCUUGUUGCCCUCGAUGAGUAGUCUAACAUGCGGAGAAUACGGGAACCGAGUUACUGGUGGAUUUUAUCCUUAAUGUUUUUAACCUUGCCCAAACACAAAGACUGUCAUCCCGUUGCAUCGGGUGGCCACCUUCACCGUGCUGGAGAAGGGCAUCAUGGGAACAUAGGAAUAAUGAGGGCAAGGAGGGCAGCCGGUGACCCCUACUGGUCCUAUUCAGGAAGCCAUGGACCCCGAGGCUGGGCAGCCUUAUUCCCAGAAUGUGCUGCAAAGAACCAGUCACCUGUGGACAUAGCAGAUGAACAUGCUCUGGUUUCGGAGGAGUACCAGGAGUUGGUGCUUGAAAAGUUCAACACCGAGUCCUCCAACCACACCACCAUGAAAAACACUGGAAAGACAGUUGCUGUUCUCCUGAAGGAUGACUACUUCGUAAGAGGUGCUGGACUGCCUGGCCGUUUUAAGGCUGAGAAGAUGGAGUUUCACUGGGGCCAGAGUAAUGGAUCAGCAGGUUCUGAACACAGCAUCAAUGGCAGGAAGUUCCCUGUAGAGAUGCAGAUCUACCUUUACAAUUCAGAUGACUUUGACAGCCUCAGCGCUGCCAUCAAGGAAAGACGCAUCAUUGCUGCAAUGGCAGUCUUCUUUGAGGUAGGACAAAAGGACAAUCCAGCUGUGGAUCCAAUCAUCCAGGGACUGAAGGGAGUAGUGCAUCAUGAAAAGGAGACCAACCUCAGGUCGUUCAUCCUGAGGGAUCUGUUGCCAUCGUCGGUGGACAGUUAUUACAGAUACACCGGUUCUCUGACCACACCGCCCUGCAGCAAGGUAGUGGAGUGGAUCGUCUUCUCCAGGCCUGUGUAUCUGUCCCAUUCACAGCUGGAGGCCUUUUACUCCAUCUUUACAACAGAGCAACAGGAUCACGUCAAGUCUGUGGAGUACCUUAGAAACAACUUCCGGCCCCUGCAGGACCUGGAUAAUAGGAAAUUCUUUAAGUCGGCCGUGAGAGACGCGUGGCAGAGAGAUAAGACUGAGUUCCUGGGAAGCCCUCACAGCACUGAGGCUUCAAGAGCAUGCAGCAGUCCUCCAGUGAGCAUGAAGAUCCAGCCACUGAACCAAACGGCGCUCACAGUGAGCUGGGAACGCCCUCUGACCGUCUACCAUCCACCUAUCACCAGUUACAUGGUCUCCUACAGCUGGGUGAAACGUGACAUCGCAGAUGAGAAGACCUUCACCAAGACUGGGGACCAGAGCAUGAAAGCAGUCAUCACUAAUGUAUCCCCUGACGUCCUGUACCUGUUCAGAGUGCAAGCAGUAUGUCAGCAUGACCUGCGCAGUGACUUCAGUCAGACGCUGCUGUUCAGAGCUAACACAACAAGAAUAUUUGAAGGGUCUCGCAUUGUGAAGACUGGGAUGCCCACAAUUUCUCCAGCCUCCUCAGCAGAUAUGGCUCCAAUAAGCUCUGGCUCCUCGACUUGGACGUCCUCUGGCAUCCACUUCUCUAUUGUCUCUAUGGCAACAGGCAUGGGCCCCUCCUCUAGUGGCAGCCAGGCCACAGUGGCAUCAGUAGUGACGAGCACCUUGCUGGCAGGCUUGGGCGUUGGCGGAGGGGUCAUCUCUUCUUUGCCCAGUUCUGUCUGGCCCACACAGGCACCACAAGCCUCUCAAAACCCCUCUCGUCCACCCGCCCCACCUGAAAAAUCCAGCACCGAACAGGCAGUGCCCCAGGGUUCAGAGACAGAUACUCCAUCUGAGGAGAACCAGGCUGCACGCGAGGGUGAGGACGAGGAGGAAAAGGAGGGGGAGAGAGAGGGAGAGCAGGAGGAGGGAGAGGAUGAGAAGAAGAGAAAAAAUAAGACUGCACCUGAUAAUGAGAAAAAGCAAGGGGACAGCACUGUGGCCAAAGAGCCUUUAAUCCCCACCCCCGCAUCCACAGCGAAAGAGAAAGGAGAAGGGAAGCCUACAGUCAGAGGCACCACAGUGCCUGAAAGCACUGUGGAGCAGCACUUGGUCAACAUGAACAAGAACCCCACAGAUGUAAAUGCAGUGUCCACUCAGGAGCCUCAUCACGCCAGCGCAGAGAUGCAGAUUCCCCACAGCUCCACAAUGUCUCCAAAGAUCAGCAAUGAUGGGAAGAGUCUCUGGCCUUUCUCUGUCCACACCGACAGGACCACUUUGUCUACAGUUACCCGAACCCCUCACCCGGGGAUGGGCAGGAUGGUGUGGAUUGUCCCCUUGGUGGUGGUUUCCACUCUCACUCUGCUCUGCCUCAUAAUGCUGCUGAUUGUGAUGGUCUACUGGAGGAGAUUUUUCCAGACAGCUCACUUCUAUGUGGAGGAAAGCAACUCUCCACGGGUGGUGGCCAAUGAGAAUAUUCCAGUCAUCCCCAUACCAGACGACAUGGAGGCCAUCCCCGUCAAGCACUUUGUUAAACACAUCAUGGAACUCUAUAAAAACAACCUACAAGGUUUCUCAGAUGAGUUUGAGGAGGUCCAGCGCUCGACAGCGGACCUGAAAAUCACAGCGGAACAUUCCAAUCAUCCUGACAAUAAGCACAAAAACCGAUACAUCAACAUUGUGGCCUAUGACCACAGCAGGGUGAAAUUACGAGCACUGGCAGGGAAGGAUGCCAAACAUUCGGACUACAUCAAUGCCAACUAUGUGGACGGAUACAACCGGCCCCGAGCUUAUAUAGCUGCUCAGGGUCCUCUCAAGUCUACAUUUGAGGACUUUUGGAGGAUGGUGUGGGAGCAGAACACCGGAAUCAUCGUCAUGAUUACAAACCUGGUGGAAAAAGGCAGAAGGAAAUGUGACCAGUACUGGCCUACAGAGAACAGCGAGCAGUAUGGAAACAUCGUGGUGACGUUGAAAAGCACCAAAGUGCACGCCUGCUACACACUGCGCCAUUUCCUUAUAAGGAACACUAAAGUUAAAAAGGGUCAGAAGGGGAAUCCAAAAGUGAAGCUAAAUGAGCGCAUUGUAGUCCAGUAUCAUUAUACUCAGUGGCCUGACAUGGGAGUACCAGAGUACACCCUUCCUGUGCUCACCUUCAUCAACCGCUCAUCAGCGGCUCGCACUGCAGACAUGGGCCCCGUCCUGGUGCACUGCAGUGCAGGGGUUGGGCGCACAGGCACAUACAUUGUCAUUGACAGCAUGCUGCAACAGAUUAAGGACAAAAGCACAGUCAGCGUCCUGGAUUUUCUCAAACAUAUCCGCACACAACGCAACUACCUAGUCCAGACUGAGGAGCAGUAUGUUUUCAUCCACGAUGCUCUGAUGGAGGCCAUCCUGAGCAGAGAGACGGAGGUGCCUUCCUGGCAGCUGCACAGCUACGUCAACAGCAUCCUCACGCCCAACUCGACAGGCCGCACGCGCCUGGAGAAGCAGUUCAGGCUGCUGUCACAGUGUAACACGCGCUUUGUGGAGUGUUUCAGCGCCCACAAAGACUGCAACAAGGAGAAGAACCGGAAUUCCUCAGUGGUUCCAUCGGAGAGAGCGAGGGUCGGACUCACCACUCUGCCUGGAAUGAAAGGAACAGAUUACAUUAAUGCAUCCUACAUAAUGGGCUACUACAGGAGUAAUGAGUUCAUCAUUACCCAGCAUCCUUUGCCCCACACCACCACAGAUUUUUGGAGGAUGAUUUGGGACCAUAAUGCUCAAAUUAUUGUCAUGUUGCCUGACAACCAGGGGCUGGCUGAGGAUGAAUUUGUUUACUGGCCGAGUCGAGAAGAGGCCAUGAACUGCAUCGCCUUCACUGUCACACUCAUCAGUAAGGACAGACUGUGCCUCUCCAACGAGGAGCAGAUCAUCAUCCACGACUUCAUCUUAGAGGCCACACAGGACGACUAUGUUCUGGAGGUGCGACAUUUUCAGUGCCCUAAAUGGCCCAACCCUGACACUCCCCUCAGCAGCACCUUUGAGCUCAUCAAUGUUAUCAAGGAGGAGGCCAUGACUCGAGAUGGCCCCACCAUCGUGCACGAUGAGUAUGGCGCGGUGUCAGCAGGGAUGUUCUGUGCCCUCACAACGCUGUCCCAGCAGCUGGAGAACGAGGGCGUCGUCGACAUCUAUCAGGUGGCUAAGAUGAUCAAUGUCAUGAGGCCGGGAGUCUUCACUGAUAUAGAGCAGUACCAGUACCUUUACAAAGCCAUGCUCAGCCUGGUCAGUAACAGAGAGUGUGCCCUGAGCCCCAUGCACACGGACACUAACGGGGCGGUGGUGAUUGCAGACGAGUCGGACCCUGCAGAGAGCAUGGAGUCGCUCGUCUGAGGACCUUGUUACAGGCACUUACUUUGUAAAAUUCCACGAACCUUUCUGAGGCCUUUUUUGCCAGACUAUUGAUUAAAUGAAUAACCUUAUUACUUUUUAUACUGAUAAAACGUUUUUGAUAUUUAUGUUUUUGUCCUUUAUUUUUUGUCUUAAAUGUUACCCUGCUGAGCGUUUGCACCAGUUUAAGUUGACAUGAGGAAAAAGCAGCUCUGUCCAGUUUGCACUAUACUAUCAGUGUUACUGCCUAAAUCCAGCGAGUUAAAUCCUGGCUGUCUGACAAAACUGGGAUCUUUGGACCGCAGUGAAACCAACCCGAGGCAUGAAGGCCAGGAUGAAUUAAAGCGAUCUUCUUCAAAUAAGUGUCUCAAAACUAAGCAUCACAGCAUAACCCAGCAAGCAUUAUGUCACUGUCACCUCGACCAAACUGUUUUGAGGCUCCGCUCCACAUGCGUGAAGCUUUUUAUCACACGUGAAGAGACUUUUACCUGCCUAAUACUCAUAUAAUGUCCAAAUAUCUCAUUGCUGUCUUGUAUAAUGUACUUAUGGCUUAUUUUGUUAAAGUGUGUUGCAACAUCUAAUGUGAACAUUUAUUGCUUUUUACAGGGAUUUAUAUUAUAUAGUUUUGUUAUAUAUCUAUAUAUAUGUAUCUUAAUAGCCAGCCUAUGUAUUUUUUUUAAUAAGUUUGCGCGUUUGUCCACUGGCCUUGGUGUAGAUGUAGAGUCAUAUUUUUGGAGAUUUGUAGGUCAAGAAUUGCCUACACAGCUCCAUGUGUUUUAGUUUCCUGUAUUUUUUUUCCCCAGCUUCUCUAACUUCAACUUGUCUAACUGCAGCUGGCAGCUCAGCUGUUGGAACACGUAACAGGUAUCUGUAUUGACAAAGUGCAGUGCCUACAGAAAGAAUUGACCUUACACAGCUUUUCAUGUUUUGUUCUGAAUCACAGUGGAUGUAAUUAGGAGUUAUGCUCAAGCCGAUUAAUAGAAGAAAACAAAUGUCUAUAAAUUAAGUACAAAUAUAAAAGCCAAGAUGAUUGCACAAGUUUUACCCACUUAAAGACAAUAUUUAACUAGAAGCUAGAAAUUAUAUUUGUCCUGAAGGAGCACAGCUUCUUGCAGUUGUUUCACAGAUUGCAGCAGUGGAUCCUCCAGGAUUUCUUUGCAUUUUACUCUUUAGCUUAACAAGGUGGGCAUGGUUUGUUUCUUAUGUGAAGACUUUGGUUGCUGUUUCUGCUGCAUUUCCAUAAAGCUGCAUCUAGUCAAACAUCAAUGCAAAGCCAUACCAGGUGCCUUGGAAAUGUCCCCAACUUCUCUUCCUGAUUGGUACUAAUCAGAAAACUUGCCACCUAUUUGUUGGAAUACUCAUUUGUCUUCAUAAUGUAGUUUUUGCCAGGGAACUGAUUAAGUAACACUUAGAUGUUGGUAUAUUUAACCUACAGUGAAUCCACUUGUCACACCGUCAUUACACAGGUCUCCACUAGCCACCUUGUAAAAGAGUUAGUGUCACAGGUGACGAUUUGAUCUAAAAGUAAAAGGAUGUGCUUAGUUUAUGUCUAGAGAAAUUAGUUUUAACUUUGACAAGUCUUUUGAUCACUGGCAAAAAAGUCCUAAUUUCAGACACUGUGAUUCAAAAUUGCUACAUAAUAAAAUAUGACAAGUCCAAAUAGGGCGACUUCUUUUUAUAGGCAGUAUUUUCUUUUUGGGGAGUUGAUGCUUUAUACAUAACCAAAGAUGUGGUUCCAGUUUGCAACAUGUAAGUGAUACUUGUCCUGAGAUCUAUUUAAUCAACUAGAAUUUAAAAUCUAAAUUGUUAAACCUUGCAGUGAAGAUUUCCACUGUCAAAUGUAUGAAUUUAACCCGAGUUAAGCAUGUUUCUGUUCUAGCCUCAGGAACUCACCUUACAGUAGAAAAUCGGACUACAUGACACGUUCCUCACAUUUGACAAUACGAUCAAAUAUCGGACUGUAAAAUGUGUUUUAUUUAGGGUAAUAUUCUGCCUCCGCAAUAUUUUGUGGAUAUUAAUUAUAAGCCCUUUUCAACCCAGUGCAUCCUUCUCUGUUGAUUUGGUUCUUGUGUAUCUUUAUAGUGUUUAUUCUGUUAAAAAUGGAUAACCCCACUUACCCCACUUCUCUGCCACAGGGGAGUUUGCAAAGUCUAGUGAAAACUCUCCAACAUUUGGAGAAAAGUCCAGGUUGCUGAUCAUUUAGCUUGGCAACAAAACGUUCCUUUGCAACCGCUGUUUGUUUUUGUUUUUUUUAAACCUAUGAAUGCCAGCGUCCUGUUUGAUAUUUAUGCUCAUGUAAAACUAGUGCUGCUGCUGCUGCUGCUGCACACAUUUACUUCAGAAACAAAUGACUUUAAUUGUAACCUUUGUGAUCACAGAAGUUUAUAUUUUCAUACAAACAUGAUUUGUGUAGUGGCCCUGUUGCAAUAUGUACAAGACCACUACACAAACUGUCCGGUUCUAAAUCCACACCAUCGCAAUCAUACCUGCACCCCACCCCCACCCUCCAUGCUGGUAUGUAGACCACGUUUUGGUCCAGGGAUCCAGUAUGUUAGCCUCAGUGUAUUUCAGCCAGGGUGGUAGUUAAGUCUGUUUUGUAACUUAAAAUAAAUGAUCAACAGGUUUUGUCCAUCAUAUGUUUAUAUGAUGGUAUCAUAUUCCUAUGAUGCUGUUAUAUACCAUAUUAUAGUGUAAUAGUGUUAUUUAAUAGGUAAAUUGUAUUGCCAUACAUUGAAUAAAGUCUGUGUUUGGGUGCGCCA